GAUGAGCUCCAUCUCCGGCCAGACAGAAAAGGAGCUUUUACUACAGUGGGGGGCGGACAGGCUGUGCGGCGGAAUCGGGCAGCAUUUCCCCGGCGUUUAAUGUCAAAUGCAGCCGAGAGAAAGAAAAAAUCUUCAUUUUGGCGACUCGUUUUGAGAUUUUUAUCUCCAAAUGAAUGAAUACGGAAAUCUUUUGAUCCAAGCAAGUGGCUAUUAAAAACAUGCUUUUCUUUUUAACAAAAACUGUACUGUAUUUCACUGCAACGACGGUGAUUAUUAAUAUUAAUAUAUUUAAACUACAGCUGUAAAUAAAGCGCGAUCCCUGCGUGAGAGGAAUACAAGUGACGAUCUGAGCUUUCAGAAAGAACCUGUACAUGAUCAGUAGUGGCUGGACUCUGGCUUCCCCAUGUGCAUCACGGACGGCGACUGAAAACGGCACCCAGCAAGUCUGCGGGACGCAUAACGCAUGGUAACUAUACUUCCACGCACGGAAUAAUUAACGUUAGCAUCAAAAGUUGCCGGGAAACCUCUUCCAGCAAAUUCCAUUGAAAUAGGUAAUGUGCUUUGUAAUAAUCGGGUGGUGAUGAAAACGAUUGCACGCAAAAAAAUGCCUAACAAAGAAAAAGUCACCCAAGUGCCCGUAAACGCGCACGUGCGCCGUCGGCACUAAGUUACAAGCUCAGUCAUUUACAUAAAACAACUAUUUGUAACUUGCGCGUUAACUCCAGUUGCAUGGAGCGAAUCGCUGCUCCUGUAUAUCAGCAGGUAAAAAGGAAUACCAAUAUGUCAAUAUGCCAUCUGAGCGUGGGAGAUCGAUUUUCCAACUGUAGCGGGGACAGCAAGAGAAUUUUCUGCAUUAAAAUAUAUGUGUAUCGGAACCUUUCAUAUUUCUUGCUAUUUGCAUUGUACUGCAUCUUUAUUUAGGGAAGAAAAAAACUUACUUGUUGAUGGAAAGGUGUUUACAGUGGAAUCACAGUCACGGGUAAUUUAUCUUUAUUGUUGCCUUCAGUGCUGGUGACAGCUGUUUAUAUACUUAUAUUUAUAUAGCUCACCCGUGAGUAUUGGGAAAUACUUUUAUUUUCUCAGAAAUUCAUUUGCUUAGCAUGUGGACAUAUUAAUGGCACCCAGCUGCUAUGCUAGACUUCAACAUUCAUGAUUACCCAGGCAGUAAGUCAUGGAGUGUCGAUGAGUAACUCCGGCUUCACACAGGCUUACUCUGCUUAACGCUCUGAAUUGAACAUGCUGGGAGUCGAACCCCAGGCUUGGGGCUAAUGAGAGAGAUGCAUGGCAAAGGCAGCGGCGUAAGUAAACACCCAAAUUUAAAAGCAGAAAAGUGAAUCCCCUCUAAUUGCAUUGCAGCUGGUGUGGACACUAAUGCCAGAUUAAGUAGGAGCUCAUCCAUUCCUGACAUCAUGCAGUGCAUUUCAUUUUCACGCCGGUAAUCCGCAACAGUGAGCAGCUGAUGCUUUAGAGUGAGUGAUGUGAAGCAAUAAAUAAUAAGGCAUUACAAUUCUCGGGUGCCUCUCUAGCACUCUGCACACCUGACACGGGGGCAGUUACAAUUCUAAAUGCAUCCCCUACGUAUAAGUGACCUGAGCUUGCACAAUAUUUCCUCAAAUUUAAGAUCCAUCUCUCCGUCACCCUUAAUCCCUCCCGUUUUAUCUCUCCCUCUCUCCUCAUUCUUCUCUCAUGUAAGAAGCAUUUCCAUCAUGCCUUAGUAUAUCAUUGUGUUGCCUUCAAGCACAAACACGCCCCACGUGAUUUACUUGCACAAACGCGCACUCGUAAACAGCCUUCACUCUCCCAAUUCACAAACUCCCAAACCUAGUUUAAAUUACAUUGACGCCUGUCUCGAUUAUCAAUUAGAAUGUACCUCUAAUUGUAUUCUUAUAGAGCAAUGAUUACAGACCGCUGACACUCCCACAGUGCAGCUGGGACAUGGCUUGACAAAACUCGCAGUAAACAAUGGGCUCUCAAUUUCAAUGUGAUAAGAGGGAGCGGCCUCAAUUUUAUCACUGCGCAAGCAAUCAUUUUCCUUGACGAUCAAUAGGGAGGUUUUGAACCGUCUGCCGCUGAAAAACUGUCUUGAGGUAGCACAUGGAAAUGAACAAAAUACCUGUCAGCAGAAAGGUGAUCUUUCUCUCCUUUGAAUUCAAAUGGCAAAACACCCACACGCAAAGACAUACCAUCAAAACAAGUAAUAAAAACAAUGAUAUUUAACUGGAGACAUUAACUAGAACCACCGUUCCACGACAUCUCAGGAUGGAAGCGGUUUUCCCAAGUUACUUGGUUGCAGUUAUCCAUCGUUAAACUGUUAAUUGUAUAAGAUCUGGUGUCGAAGAUUCACAAAAGGGAACUUGUGAAACAUUCCCAGCGAUAAGUUAAAUUAAAAACAGGGUCGCGGUGGAUUCUAUUUGGUGUCAAACAAAGUCAUUUUACUUGAGCGAGACCAUGGAAACAGCGAUAAUAGAGAAUAAUAAACUGACAAAGGAGACACAAAAGAUGAGAGCAGGGCUCUCUGUGCCACUAAGCAUGCACAACAUACUCCAACAACCUUAAGGAACUGAGCUCUUUACAUCGAGUUAAUACUUUACUUUGCCAGGUGCUGUGUGAAAACUGCUGAUUGACACUUUUCUACCUUUUUAUGGAAAACGAACGGGAUCUGUAUGCUAACCCUGCCGUUAAAUUCUGGUGGGACGGAUGGCACAGCAGAUCUGUGGGUGGUGGUACUGACUCAUACCUGGCAUUACCCACUGCCCAUAUCUCGUCGGUUUACUCUGUAUUUACCCGUUUCUCACGACAGGCUGGUCAAUCCAUGACUUGAUUCACCAUUUAUGCUUUUGAAGGCUUUUACUAGGGAGCUCUCUCUCUCUCUCUCUCUCUCUCUCUCUCUCUCUCUCUCUCUCUCUCUCUCUCUCUCUCUCUCUCUCUCUCUCCCUGUCUUUUCAGGCAUGGUACCCCCACCCCAGGUGUGCGUCUCGACCCUGGUGACGGUGAGCACGAUGAUGGUGGUGGACCUCUAUCUGCUGGAGCAGAGCAUGAUGGGAGCUCAGUGGAAGGCCGGCCCGGGGGUCUGGCCGUCGGCGGCCGUCCUGCUGGGGGAUCUCUGCUUCCUGGUGGCGCUGCGCUUCAUCUCGAACUACCGGCAGGAACGCCGUCCGCCGGACCCCCUGGCGCGCAAGACGCUGACGCUCCUGCUGUCGGUGUGCCUGCCGUCGCUCUUCCUGGUGCUGACGGGCGCAGAGCACAUGACCCCGCUGCGCAGGAAGCAGGAGGCACGCGGCCGGCUGCUCUGGGUGGUGGUGGACCUGCUGGACGUGCUGGACCUGCAGGCCGGCCUGUGGGAGGCGCACGGCGAGACCCGGGCUCCUCUCUGGCUCGAAGGCCUGCUCUUCUUCUACUGCUAUGUGCUAUUACUGCUGCUCCCCUGUGUCUCGCUUACUGAGCUGGGGGCCACCACUAUAACCGCUGCCGCCGCCGCUCCAGCCCCAGGGGAGCGCUGCUCGCGGAGGGGCGCCGUCUACCCCUGGCUGAGCCUCGUCACGGUCAACGUCCUGACGCUGUUCCUGCGCGGCGCCGGCAUGCUAUGGUAUCGCGACCCGCGCGUCUCCACCGUAUUCCUGGGCAAGAACCUCCUAGCGAUGGCCGUCAAACUGAGCUCGGCCUGGGAGCAGCACAGGCAGAGGGCGGGUGCCACGCGGGCCGCUGGAGCCGGCUGCAGGAGCCCGGUCCCGGGGGCGGCACCUCAGCGGGCGGAAAACCGCAGUGACGUCCUGCCACUGUCAGCCGCGGCCUCCUCGCUGCGGUGUAACUCUCUGUCGCGGCCACACGGCCAGACAGCCUCGCUCCCCCGAACAAACCUGGACCCCAUGGAGAACUCUCUGGGGACCUCCUUUAUUUCCCAUGAGCUGUAGACACACCCCCCUUACUGAAAAGUGCUAAAUUAGCCCACAUUUUGUCCCUGGGGCUGACUUGUUUACUCUGAAACACCGAUCCCUGGAGGCCGCCAUUGUGCGGUGGCCCAGUGUAAUGCCCAAUUCAGGGCACGGGGUGCCCACUUGUCCCCUGCGGCACCCGGACCGCGCUGUGAGCUGAAGGACGACCAGGCUGCCAGGCCACCCAGCCUUGAGUCACGCUGGCAUCAUAAAACACCGAUGGCGGACCGCCUUUACACAACACCUCCAUUGUGCCGUGGCCUUCGAGAAGCGUAACUAAUGAUUUGUGACCAAACGGCCGAGGAAAAAGGGGAAAAAAAUGGGACCUGAAAGUCAGAGAGACUGAUGGUUUUCUAAACAUUACCUGUUACCUGGAAUACAGAGAUAUAGACGGACAGAGUUACAUUUCAGCAGGUUUGAGAUGUGCCGUGUUCAUUCUGAGCAGAGCUGUGUGAUCCACAUUCAGAUCCCCCCCCCCCCCCCGUGCCCUUCAGCGGAAGCCACAAGGCGACGGUAAAUUCACUGAAUUGCUGUAAUUACAAUAAAAAGGACAGCUGUUGAGCUCA